UGCCUGGGAAGAGCCAACACGUGUGUCUGUGUCCCGUUUGAAAGGAAGCCUUGCCACAAUACACAAAGAUGCCUAAACUACCACAGAAGAAGUAUUACCGGCAAAGGGCCCAUUCCAACCCCAUCGCAGACCACAACUUCGAUUACCCAGUGUGUCCUGCUGACAUGGAUUGGAGUCCAUAUUUUCCCAAGUAUUUCCCAGGAGAUAUUACAAAGAAAGUCGAAUUUGCAGAUAUAGGCUGUGGAUAUGGUGGAUUGUUAGUGACAUUAGCACAAGUUUUCCCAGAAACAUUAAUGUUGGGUAUGGAAAUUCGUGUGAAAGUGUCAGACUUUGUGGUUGACCGUAUCCAGGGUCUAAGGGAUGAGAAAAAGGAAGUGCCUGGUGGAUACCAGAAUGUUGCUUGUAUUAGAACAAAUGCUAUGAAAUACCUACCCAACUUCUUUGAAAAAGGACAGUUGAGCAAAAUGUUCUUUCUGUUUCCUGAUCCACACUUCAAAAAAGCAAAACAUAAGUGGCGGAUCAUCAAUUCCUCACUUUUAGCUGAAUAUGCCUAUGUUCUCCGGGAAGGGGGCCAUGUCUAUACUGUCACAGAUGUGAAAGAUCUCCAUGACUGGAUGGUUCAUCAUUUCACUCAGCAUCCACUUUUCAAGAGGCAAACUGAGGAAGAUUUAGCUGACGAUCCAGUUGUACAACAUCUCUUUGAGAGUUCAGAGGAAGGCCAGAAAGUUACACGCAACAGUGGAGACAAAUUCUUAGCUGUCUUCAGAAGAGUUGCAGAUCCACGGAAUAGUUAAUGACAGAUUUGAUGGUUCAAAAUGUUUAUUAGCUGUACAUUAUUUGUAAUUAAUAUUUUGUUGGGAUGAAUUAUAUUAUUUGAUUGGAAUUUAUUAUAUUAUUUAAUUGUGAUUAUAUUGAUCAUUAUUUAUUAUUGUUAUUUUAUUGUCAUUGUCAUUGUUAUCAUUACCAUCAUCAUCAUUAUCAUAGCUACUAAUGUUGUUAUUUUAUUAUUCAUGUUUUAUUAUAUUUACUAUUCAUUUAACUUAUAUUUGAAAGCAGUCACAGCAAGUAUUAAACAUGUCUGUUAGGAGGGAUUAAUAAAUAUUUUACAAUCUUUG